UGCAAUCGGAGCCCGCGAGCGGCGGCGGCGGCCCCGGCAGCAGCAGCAGUCCCGGCCCCGGCGGAGCUCGUGUGGGGAUCGGGCGGCGCGCGGUCCGCAUCGCAUCGCAUCGCGCGGGGAGCGGCGCCGUUCGGCGGCACCAUGAAGGGCUGUCAGAACAAGUGCAUGGCUGGAGGAUGUUCAGAGGAAGCAACAAAGCACAUGACUGAAUCUUUCAAGGCUUCAGACUUGAUUAUCACCCCAGCUACGACUUUCAAGGAAAAACCAGAGCCCAGUGGUUUGGUAUUUGGAACUGUGUUCACUGAUAAUAUGCUGACAAUUGAAUGGUCCUCAGCUUCAGGAUGGGAGAAACCUUGUAUUAGACCACUUCAGAACCUCUCCUUGCAUCCAGCCUGUUCAUCUCUGCAUUAUGCUACUGAAUUGUUUGAAGGAUUGAAGGCCUACCGUGGAGUGGAUGGCAAAAUCCGCCUGUUCCGGCCAGGCCUCAACAUGGACAGGAUGGCACGAUCAGCAAGACGAAUGACUCUGCCAUGCUUUGACCAGAAUGAGCUGUUAGAGUGCAUCCGGAAACUUGUGGAAGUGGAAAAGGAGUGGGUCCCAUACUCAACUGCUGCUAGCCUGUAUAUCCGCCCUACCUUAAUUGGAACUGAGCCUUCUCUUGGAGUGAAGAAGCCAACUAAAGCCCUACUGUAUGUCAUACUGAGCCCUGUGGGUGCUUACUUUUCAAGUGAAUGCUUUGAUCCAAUAUCAUUGUGGGCAGAUCCAAAAUAUGUAAGAGCCUGGAAAGGAGGAACAGGAGACUGCAAACUGGGAGGGAAUUAUGGUUCUUCUAUUUGUGCUCAGCAAGAAGCCCUGGAAUUAGGCUGCCAGCAGGUUCUGUGGCUGUAUGGAGAAGAUCACCAAAUAACCGAAGUUGGAACAAUGAAUCUAUUUCUCUACUGGAUAAAUGAAGAUGGAGAAGAUGAACUGGCAACUCCACCUUUAGAUGGCAUCAUCCUUCCAGGAGUGACAAGACAAAGCAUUUUGGAUUUGGCCUGCAACUGGGGAGAAUUUAAAGUGUCUGAGCGUUACAUCACUAUGAGUGACCUGACAGCUGCCUUGGAAGAGAACAGAGUGAAGGAGAUGUUUGGGGCUGGAACAGCUUGCAUUGUAUGUCCUAUCUCCAGAAUUUUGUAUAAGGGCAAGCAUUUGCACAUUCCAACUAUGGAAAAUGGACCUCAGUUAACCACCCGAAUCCUGAAUAAGCUGACUGAUAUCCAGUAUGGAAGAGAAGACAGCGAUUGGACAGUGCUGGUGUCAUGAAGGUGGAAGAGUUCAGACCCUCCAGACAGAAUAAACACAAAUAAUGAUAACUUCUGUAGCUGCCUGUGCGUAGCCUAGUUUCUGCAUCAGUUUGCUCCCUGGGAUGAUUGUUUCCACAAUCCAGUGAAUAUGAACACAAUCAUUUUGUUUUCUACUGUAAUCUUGUUAGUAGAAGCCUGUCUUCUUGGUAGAGGUGCUAAAUGUUAGCAAUAGAACUUUCCUGAUGGUUUUCUUAGUGCCUCCUUGUGUCUUAUGUACAGUCUAAAAACUUGUAAAAUGCUCUUCAACUGCUCUUCAGUUUGUUUGGUUUAUUUUAAUUGCCAUCGCCAGCAGAGCAAGUUGUAUAAAGCAGAGAAAUUGCCUGUUAGUUGUCCACAAGGUUCUGUUGCCAUUAUUCUGCCUUUUGCUCUGUGUUCAAAAAAUAAUUACGUUUAACCACAUGCUCUGUCCUUUUCUAACCUGCUUGUAUGAGAAUUCCUGAAUUUUCGUAGCCUCACAGAUUCCUUCAUCCAUAUUCUGUCAGAUAAUGACUCCAUCCUGUAGCCCAGAUGCUUAGCAUGGAUCUAGCAAGCAACAUCUACUUGUUGGACUGCUACUUUUACCUCUGUGGAGAUAAGCAAAGACUGGUAGGGCAGGACAUACCUCACUAGCAGUUGAAUACAUCCUUCAGUAUACAAUGUCCAGGGCUGAGCCAGACCAUGCUGACACCAGAAUUGCCCUUUGUCUGGCAAAGCAGAGAUCUGGGAGCUGCUGACAUAGCGUCGCCUUCUGGGUGAGCGCGUUAAAAACACAAUUAAACAACUGUGGUUGUAGAAGUUGAACCACUCUUCAUUUGGUUGAAGCGAGAGCAACCAAGCCUUUGGAUUGGUUGCCAACAUGAUUUAGAUCAGCAAAAAGUUUUCUUGUUCCCUUCACCACUCACAGGGCCUUUCUGUUUAAGGAACAAGUCAUGUUGUCAGCAGAAAUUGACUAGCUCAAGGAGGAAAGGGAUUUAAUUCAAACUCUGUUUUUCAUUUUGAUUAAGUAUGAAGUUAUUCGUAUUCUGCUGCUAUUUGGGCUACAUGCUCUAUAUUACUUCAGCAGUGAGGGAAUUAACUUCUGCAAGGGUUCACUAAGAAAUAGCCUGUAAUAUUUAUUAGCUUUCUUUUUUUGCACACAGAUUUGUCAAAUAGCUUUAGAAUAUCUCUAGCCAAAAAGAUCGCUAUGUUCUGUAUCAAUAUUCCAAAGUGCUACUUCAAUGUAAAACUGGUGGAACUUCACUGACAGUAACAGAGUUCUAUGAGAAGUGAAGGUAAAACAUUUAUUUCCAUGCUUUGCAGUAGGGAUGCACCAGUAUUAAGGGAAAUUCUUAGCACUUUAUUUUACUUCUUUUUAAAUAAGAUUCAACAGUUUCUCUCAUGCUUUAUAAGUUCUUUGUAAUUACUGACAUUCAUUAACAUAAUUUUAAAAGGCAAAACAUAAUUUCUAAUAGACCACCCAUGCCUUAUUACAGCUGUUGUAGGAUCAUAAUGUAUGGCUUUUAUGUUUAGAUUUUUUGGUGGGGGUUAAAGACAACCCAUACUUAGCCAUCAGUUACUUUGCUUCCUCAAAUCAUGACUUUUACUGUCUUUCACUGUGACCCAAUCUGAUUUUUUUUAAUGAAGAGCAGUUGGAAGUUCUCUCUGGUAAUGUAACUACUGUUAAAUUGUUGAACAGUUUUCUCUUUAGAAUACAACUGCAAGCACAAAAUUUUGUUUCACAGUAGCAAUAGUACUGUGUGUUCACUUUCUGACCAUCUGAAUCAGUAUAGUGUGCUGGUCUUUGUUCAGUAUCGUAAUAUGUGCUACAAGCUGCUAGUAGUCUUCCAUUUUUCUUUAAGAAGAUGGGUGGAAGAAUAUGUCAAGGUGCAGAGUGGGGUAGGGAGUUUUAUCCAAUGAGGCAAGUAUCGUAACUAAAGAGUGCCUUUAACUAAAGCAUGGCAUGGAGCUUUCUGUUACUAAAGUAUACAGUCCAAACCCUUAUAUUCAUUUUGAAUUCAGCAGCAUAAGGAAAAGUUGUAAUAAUCUAACUUCAGAUGCAUGAAAAAUUGGAUGUAUGAUACCUGCACAUCACAAAAUCUUGUUAGAGUUGAUGGGUAUCUCGUAUCAAAAAUCCCCAUGAAGGCAUGAGUGUACCAAGGUUAAUCUAUUCAGAAUGAGUAAGGACUUGUUUGAAGAAUUAUUUUACUGUGGUGCAGAACUUGAAAGUUAUGUAAAUCUCUUCUUAAGUUGAAUGCAAAUAAUUUAAUGUGAGGAAACAAAAUAGUUUCAUUUAUUUGGUUUGCACUGCUGCCUGUGCUGACCAGGGAGACAUCUCUCCUUUUGUUGUACAUACUGAACCGAUGGAGACUUCAGAACUAUAAAGUUGAACCUGGAACUACCCACAGAAAUGCACAGGCUUUUCUAGCUGCAAGAAAAAAAACAUAGCGUAUGUAUAAUCAACUGUUCUUAUUAUUUGGUUACUUGCUUUAGUCUGGCUGUCAACUCAGCAUUGUGGUUGUUGCUAAAUCCAAGUGGAUAGAUUCUAGAUUUUAAACUUUAAAGCCUAAAUAAAGGGAGAUGUCAGGUCAGCAUCAUGCAGGAAAUUCUUCUGAUCUUGCAUGCUGUCCUAUCCCACGUUCUGCCACUGUUUUUUAUCCUGUUAACCAAAGGAAAGAAAUAAUAUGUGUAAAUAAUUGUGUUUGGUAUUGUGUUCUUCCUAUUUUUGCCUGUAAGAUUUAGGAGGGAACUGUGGUAUUCCCUGAGCUAGUAAUAGAUUGCAAAAGAACAUCUGCACAUCUCUCUUCCAUGUGCCCUAUUUGUUUAAUUGCAGCGAAUUUACAUAGAAAGUGAAUUGUACAUCAUAACUAGGCAAUUAUCCAUUCUUACUCAGUUAGUUAUGGUUCUGUUAAUUGAUCAUUUAAGACUUAAGAUAGUCUAACAUUAGAAUUUGAGAUUGUUCAAAGAAGAUCAACAAAUUCAUAUUGUUGUCUGAUAUUUGCAUAAUUGGUUGCAAUUAUUUAAUGUCUAGAUGGAUUAAUAAUUGAGACUCAGCCUUUUCACAUUUGUGCUUUACAAAUUCUGAUCCUUUAAAAUGAUAAUGAUGAACUCUAAUUUUCAUCUUUCUUUCCCCUUCAUUGUUUUGGUUAUUAUUUUCAGUAUUCAGAGUGUCUGUAUUUUUCAGUUUGGUGAGCAUGAUUUAUGCUUGGGAAAGAAGUCCUUCAAAUGAGAGAACAUUUCAUAAAAUUGGCAUUUCAUACAGGCCGUUCUGAUGCCAAGAGUUAUGGUAUCAGCAACUAGUGUUACUUAACUAGAGCAUUAAUAAAGGUCCCUGCUUAGAAUAGAUAAUCUGUUCAGCCCAUAAUGGUGCAAAGCAAACAUGACUUUUCUGGGAUGUAGAAGGAAAUCUGACAAGACAAAAGCCAAGACAGUGAGAGAUCUCUCUACCCAGCUAGUUUACACUUGUCCAACUAUCUCAAGCCUAAAAGGAAUUGUCCUCCAUUGCUCUUUCUUAGAUAAACUCUUGUCUAGGGUGUACCUAAUUCAGUAGGGAGACAUAAAUUGAUCACUCCCGUAUACUUACUUUUCCACAGGCACAAACAGUGGUGGUUUGGAAAAAAUGGGUAUUUGAAAGGGUGAUUUGGAAUGUGAGUUUUUUGAAAUAUCUGUGUAAUACAUAGAUUUCCAUGGAGAGAUAGAAACAGCUGGGAUCACAAAGUGUUUAGCCUGUUUAAAGGAGAAACUCUCUUGAAUUCAGUGUCCUCUCCAAAACAAUCUACAGAAUCUUAGCAGAUUGCUUACAGUGAACUGUCUCUGGAUAGUGCCCAGCUGCAAAGUAAAUCACAAAGAUGGUAUCCCAGUCUUUAAGACUAUGGCUAUGCCAGACUUUUCUCUCUGUGUGGGAAUCACCCUACUAGUAGUUGUAAUGUCCCAGUGGCAGGCUUGUAUAGUGAGAGUUGGGCAGGCAUAUAAAUGUUGGCUGAGUACACCCUGAGGUCAACCAUUCUUUUCUGUCUUUCUCUCCUUUCCACAUAGAUUUGCAAACCCUUUUCCCCUUACUGUCCUAUCGUGGUGUCACAUAGUUUCAUGGUUAUAAUUUAAGCAAAUUAUUCAUUAGUUUUGAUUUUAGCAGUGAUGACAAUUUACUAAAAAAAAAUAAAAGUGUUGUAUUCAUCUUGCAGGUGUGGUCAGGGAUCAGAAUUGGGAUCUGAAUAUGUAAUGACUGAACAGACUGACACUGACUUUGUGACCCUGAACAAAGAAGUUCUAAUUUCUUUGUAAGUGCAGAGUAGUAGUAAUACCAGUCAUAUUGCUUUUAACUCUAAUCCAAAGUUAUUUUGUUACAGAACAAAUAAGCUUCCCAGAAAGCUUUCUAAGCAGCAGAGAAUGAUGCCAAAUACAGUACAGUACUUCUAAUGUGGAAUCAUUAAACUGCAAGUGUUCUGAAGGGACACCUUGUCAUGUAGCAUUGAGACAGACUUCUUUAAUUAUCUCGGCUACAAAUUUUGUGAAUUGCAUUCUUUAGCAAUUGGGAGAUGUUAAGCCUCUGUUUUACUAUGUUUUAUUGCUACCCUCAAAAUUUGGAAAAAUAAUUUAUAAGUCUUGAGUCAUUGUUGAGCUGAGUCACUUCUGAAUAAAUAUAUCUGUAGUUGUAGUCAUAAUAGCAAAAUAGAUUACCAGUGUUGCAUUGGUGGAAAACCAUCUUGCAGCUGUCAUUCUGCUUAUGCCUUGCUUUAAGCCUAAUAGUUACUUGGAACUGUUUUCUCUUAACCAUGCAAAAUCUUAGUGCUGUCUAUGGUAAAAUUGGCAAAUAUGUCUAACUCCAUUAACAAAACUUCUGCAUUAUUUUGAGCUUGAACAGUCAAGUACAUUAGGAUCUAGCAGGUGUGCAACAACACUGAAUUAGAGUUGUCAAGCCUUAGACGUGUAACAAAAUUAUGGCAGUAGUAGCUGAGAUAGAAAUAAAUAUCUUUGACCACACUAGCAAGGUUUACCAUACCCAACAUUUCUAAAAAUAGUGGUGUUUAAAGUUACUAGUAGAAACAGUAUAGCUAAAUCUUCGUGCCUGCCUUUGAACAUGAACUUACACCAUUUUUGCUUAUCACAAAACUUAAUUUAUUGUGUCUUAUUUCUAGCACAAUUCCGAAUUCUCAUGCCAUGCUUUAAAACAAAAAAAGCGUUUCACGUGAACAGGAGGAUGUUAGGAGAAUUUAAGACCUUUUGUAAAGAAUUUUGAAACUCUUUAAAAUAUCUUCUGGAUAAAGUUAAGGUAGGAGAAGAUGACUUUAUAGAAAUAAGUAUACACUAUAGUGUACCGAAUGAUUUUCCAAUGCUUUGGAGUCCCUCACAUUAUGUUUCAUCCUCUUUUCCAGGAUCUCUUUUGUUAUUGACCAAAGAGGUGCACAGGGGGAAGUAGAUAAAAUAAGCUUAGUGCUUUUUUUCUCCCAAGCAAGAGUUGGGAAAGUUUCUAAGAGCUGGUUCUCUUGAUUUUGCUAACUCUUUAGGACUCGAUUUUCUCAUGCUUGUAGCAGUCAUUUUAGGUGUGAAAUGGAAGAGCUCAGAAGUUAUCUCAGGCAGUACUGUCAUGAGGGAGCAGAUCUGUUUUCACUUUAUGAUCACAGUGAUCAAGAUAUGAACGAUAAGAAUUUUGCAUCUUUUUAAUUAAAAAUUGCUUUUCAUUUUAGGGCUGUGACGAAGUGUCACUGAACUAUUACACUAUUAUAUCUCAAGAGAUUACAAGAAGAAUGCAAGUGUUCCUUUUCUUUAUGUGAUCACCUUCCUUUAUGCCAAAUCUUUUCUUCAUUAUGAUUUGGUCUCUGCUAGAAUUGUGGUCUUUUCAGGUGAAUUACCAGACUUGUGUUUUGUUUUUUUUUUCUUCUACUAUCCAGUUUUAGUGCCUGCUGGAUUAUUUUGAUAAGUUUAAAGUACUGGUAGCAAAUACCAGAGCAAAAAGUGAAGUGAAAGUCUUCUGUCUCCAGAGCAGAUGUGCUAGGAAUUAUAAAAUUAUCUAUCUAUCUCCUUACUUCAGUCAAAAUGGGAAUUCAGAAGAAUAUAAUUACCAUUCUCAUUGAGUCCAAAACAGAGACUACCCAGGUAUACCAAAUGCCUAGCAGCAUGGUAGAUUUCUGUUCAUGAAUGCUCCUAUUCAGUUGCUUAAAUGCUUACAUCUGUGCCUAUAUUUUCAUAAUUUUACCCCUCGUAGCAUAGCUGAAACCUGCAACAUGCUUCUGUAUGCCAUGAAACCAUAAAAUAAUAGAUUAAAACAAACAGGUAGUGCUCCAGACCAUAUAAAACUGAGACACUGUUUUCUACAUGUCAGUGGCCUAUUUUGUUCCUGUAAUUUCAGUUUCUCUUCUAAUGGCCUAAUAGCUGACAAGACCUACGAGUAGGAGACCAAUAUAUUAUUUCUGUCCCAUAGAUGAGGAUGUUGACAAAGAAUGAACCUAUUCCUUCUGUCUCCUGGAAGAUGGCUUUUAUGCUAGCUGGUGUCUACAGUAAAAAGUGGCAGAAUGUCAGAUGUUCUUUGCCAUGAUGGAGACUUGAAGCUAUUUUAAACUAUUUCUGUCAGGCCAGUACAUUUGGAAAGAUAAAAGUCCCAGUCUACCUGACCUUCAAGGCAUUUAGAAGGAUGCAGUAGUAGUUCUUGGAAUGUAGCAUGUAAGCAGUGGGAAAUUAGCAACAUAAGGGUGAGAAGUAAACACCUCUGAAGGGUCUCUGUUGUUUUAAAUGUUAAAGUUAACAGGGUAUUUUACAAGGAUCUGAGCAUAUAAAAGCAGUAAAGGACAGAUGUGUGAGAAAAUACUGGAUAAACUAAAGGAAACUCUACCUCAUUCUUCUCUAAAGGUUUUGUAGAAGCACAAUUAAACACUCCUAACGGCAUUGUUACAUACAGACCAUCUGGCAUGAAAGAAACACUUUAUAUUUGUAUGUCUAUAAAUCCUGUAAUAACUGUAUUUUGCUGGCAGUAGAAACAGUCUAUACUAUUUGCAGUUUUCCUCAUCAAAUCUGUAAUUAUGCAAUGUUUCUGUCUCCAAUAAAGGAAUUUAAUGGGCACCUG